UGAGGGAAGAGAGGGCAGGACCCUUCAUAAGGCCGCAAAGCCUCUCUCCGGCCAACUAGGCCCCGCCUUGCCCCCACCACUCGCCAAGCCAAUCGCCGGCCAAGCAACCCCGGAAACUGUUUCCGGCCGGACUGCAGUACCGCUGCACGCCCGACCCCGCUGUCACUGAGGCGGGUAGCGGCGGUGGCUGCUGCUGCGGUGCUUGGACCACGAGCCGGGAAGGACUGAGUGAGUCGGAGCGGGAAGGUAUGGGGAGGCCGGCUGGAAUCAAAGGCCGAAGCCACUUGGGUGGGAUGCUGCUGGGAUCUCUCCACAAGCCGGUCCCGCCAGGAUCCCACGGGGAGAGAAAGAAGAGGACGAUCCAGCCAUGAUCACUGCCCAACCCCCGGGGAGUGCCCCCCCCCCCCAGCCCGCCUCCUCUUGGCUGCAGUCCCGGCAUUUACCCCCUCGUCCCUUGCCUCUUGCUCUUCCUGUCCCUGCAAUUUCUUCCUCAUCCUGUGGAAUAAUCGACGAAACGGGUUGUUGAAAUGUCAGCUGUUGAGGUUCCUCCAGCUGUUAAGAUUCCUUCUCUUAGCCACCUGGCCAAACCCUAGAAUUUCAUCAUCUUGUAGCGUGAUGUAGUGGAACAGGACUGGAUUGGAGUCAGAGAACCUGGAUUCAAAUACUGGCUUUGCUAUUGUUAACUUGGAAAUAACAAAGAACUAUUAAAUAGUCAGGAAAAAACAAGUCUUUAAUCAGGAUAGGGAUAAGUCCAAUUUGGCCCUUUACUCAGAGUAGGGGCCACAACUUUUUCAGGGUGCAAACCCUGGACUCUGAGGAUGUUAUCCCUAGGGAGUGCCACAACGCUAGAUGACGACUCCGAGGAACAAAAGAAUUUGGGGAACCUAUAUACCACUCUAGAUGACCUGGGAGCUUAAGAGUGCGAGGGACAGUUGAUUGACUUUACAAUGGCCUCUAUUUUGUUCUACUGAACUUCUGAGUACAAUCAAUUGUUAUCCUGAAGCACUUUAAAUUCCCAGAUCUAAGCUGUGGAAAAUGGCCGAUGUUCUAAAUGGUGAACCAUCUCCUUCCACUCCAAUGGAGCUGUUCAAAAGCAUAACAGCACAAGGAGAAAUUGUCCGAUCAUUAAAAGCAGAAAAGGCACCAAAGGAUGAAAUUGACUCUGCUGUAAAACAAUUAUUGUCACUAAAAAUAAACUACAAAGAAGUGACAGGGCAGGAAUAUAGUGCCGAUUCCCCUCCCACAAACUCCAGACCUGACAACAGCGGGGAACCUGGGACCACUGAAGGCGGAGAGGAUUUUGUAGAUCCUUGGACUGUACAGACCAGCAGUGCCAAAGGCAUCGACUAUGACAAACUCAUAGUUCGGUUCGGAAGCAGCAAGAUUGAUAAGCCACUGAUAGAUCGAAUCGAGAGAGUCAUAGGACAAAAAGCUCAUCAUUUUCUGCGUAGGGGUAUCUUUUUCUCUCACAGGGACAUGAGCAAUAUUCUUGAUGCAUAUGAAAAUAAGAAGCCAUUCUAUCUUUAUACAGGCAGAGGGCCCUCUUCUGAAGCAAUGCAUGUAGGCCAUCUUAUUCCAUUUAUUUUCACAAAGUGGCUGCAAGAUGUGUUCAAUGUCCCUCUGGUUAUCCAGAUGACUGAUGAUGAAAAAUACCUCUGGAAAGAGCUAACACUUGAGCAAGCAUAUGGCUAUACAAUAGAAAAUGCAAAGGAUAUCAUAGCCUGUGGUUUUGACAUAAAUAAAACUUUCAUCUUUUCUGACCUGGAAUACAUGGGGUCAAGUCCAGGUUUCUACAAGAAUGUGGUCAAAAUCCAAAAGCAUGUCACUUUUAAUCAAGUAAAAGGCAUCUUUGGCUUCACUGACAGUGAUUGCAUUGGAAAGAUUAGUUUUCCUGCUAUCCAAGCUGCUCCAUCCUUCAGCAACUCAUUUCCACAAAUUUUCAAAGACAGGACAGAUAUUCAGUGUCUUAUUCCAUGUGCCAUAGACCAGGAUCCUUAUUUUAGAAUGACAAGAGAUGUGGCCCCAAGGAUUGGCUAUCCCAAACCAGCCUUGCUUCAUUCAACCUUCUUCCCAGCUCUGCAGGGAGCCCAAACUAAAAUGAGUGCCAGUGACCCCAACUCUUCCAUCUUCCUCACUGAUACAGCCAAGCAGAUCAAGAAUAAGGUCAACAAACAUGCAUUUUCUGGAGGUAAAGAUACCAUAGAGGAACACAGACAUCUUGGAGGCAACUGUGACAUAGAUGUGUCUUUCAUGUACCUCACCUUCUUUCUAGAAGAUGAUGACAAGCUCGAGCAGAUAAGACAGGAUUACACAAGUGGAGCUAUGCUCACUGGAGAGCUAAAGAAGACACUUAUUGAAGUCCUGCAGCCCUUGAUUGCUAAUCAUCAGGCCCGGCGCAGUGAGGUUACAGAAGAAAUCGUGAAACAGUUUAUGACGCCAAGGAAGCUAUCCUAUGACUUUCAGUAACAUAUAUCAUAUAUACAUUUGGGUUUAUAUACACAAAACUCUAUCAAUAAAUAUCAACCUGAUUAGGGUGUUAUACUCUGUCUAUCAACUGUUAAUUAUCAUAUGGUUGACUGAGAGCUGGAAGGGACCUCUCAUGAACUGUCUACAGCAUCCCUGACAAGUGAUGAUUUCAGCUUACUUUCUUGUCUGUAAGCCAUAUGUUACCACUGUUUUUCUUCCUGUGAAUUAGUGUCUCUCAGCUUAAUGUAGACAAAAACAAUGUGGAAAAGUCCAUAACAUGUAAUAGCGUAUAGGCAAAAUAAAGAAUUCCAGAAGUUGAUUUUCUACUACAAAAUAAAUCAAAGAAUCUGGAUCCAGUAUUUGAAGAAGGUUGAUCAUCCACUUAAAUUCUCACAGUUUAUUAGGUGGACAGACCCUCAUAUUAUACCUACAAUACAUAUGGGUGUUCUUAAAUUUGGUACAAGUACAAAAAAUAUCCAUUUCCAAUCUUCCUCAGAAUUCUAAAUCUAUUCUUUUAUUUCCACUUUGGGCAAAAACAUAAACUUAUGUAUAGCUAAAAUCAAAUGCCAUUCCUGCUAAGCUAAAAAGCUGCUUAGGAAAACGAUACUCAUGCUUUCUUAACUAUGAUUUUCCAGCAUUUCUAAACCAAAGAAUCAGAGAAAUUUCAAACUCCAGUUAUGACAAAGGAAAUAUGAAAUGGUUUUGUCAUUUUCAUUUUGAUACUGAAAAUAAACCCACCUCUUGCCUUUUUUAA